AUGGCUGAACCUUACCCACCCCGCUUCGCGGUCGUCGGGUGUGUACAUGGCUCACUCAACCAAAUAUAUGCUGAUGUCAAGGCUGAGUGUGAGAAGCGAGGCUGGGACACUGUCGAUGCUGUCAUCCUAGGCGGUGAUACUCAGACUCUGCGCAACUGCAAUGAUGCGACAUGCAUCAAAAUGCCUGACAAGUACAAGAAACUUGGUGACUUCGCUCAUUACUACUCUGGCCAGCUCACAGCUCCGUACCUUACCAUCUUUGUGGGCGGAAAUCACGAGGCAAGCAACUACCUCCGCGAGCUCCACUACGGCGGCUGGGCAUGCCCCAACAUCUACUUCCUGGGAGCCGCCAACGUCAUCCGUCUAGGUCCCGUGCGAAUCUCUGGAAUGUCUGGUAUUUGGAAAGGCUACGAUUAUCGUAAGCCUCACUCCGAGCGCCUCCCAUACAACAACGAUGAUCGUGGUAGCAUCUACCAUGUCCGGGAGAUUGACAUCCGCAAGCUGCUCCAGGUCCGUACCCAAGUGGAUGUUGGUCUGAGUCAUGACUGGAUUCGUGGUAUCGAGAAAUUUGGUGAUUCCAAAAGCCUCUUCCGAAGAAAGCCCUUCCUCCGCGAGGAUUCAAUCACAGGAAAAUUAGGCAACAACGCUGCUCUUCAAGUCGUGGAACGUCUCAGGCCUCGGUACUGGCUGUCAGCCCAUUUGCAUGUUCAAUUCGCCGCCACCAUGCCUCAUGAUGGCGUGACCUUACAGAAGACUGAUCCUACUCCUGGCGAGCCCGUUGAGUGGGCUGUUGUCGACGUCGCUGAUUCGUCUACAACACACGUCCCAUCUACCUUGGCUCACUCUUCUGCUUUUACGGAUCUGGAUGGCAACUUGAACACGAAGGUUCUGCACCCAGACAAUUUGGGUCUCGAUGCGACCUCAACUGCUCCCAAUGCUGAAAUGAAAGCCAAAUCCUCAGCCAUCGGUAACGAGGCAGAGCGCCUUGCUGGUUGGAACAAUUUCCAGCCAAUGGCUUGCAAGGCAGAGGUUGAUGCAACGCUCAAACUGCGCGAGGAACUUCAACAAGCCGGAUCUCGAACUAUGAAAGCUCCCGAGACCCAGUGGAAGCGUGUGACAUUUCAUAACGGUGACCGCCGAGUCGAUCCUGCCGUUCGCAUGGAUGCUCCCUCGCCGACAAAAAAGCUUAAAGUCGAGAACGAAGAAGAAAUCCAUUUGGAGUCUAGUGAUGAUGAUCGUGACGCCGUCGGUGAUGAUAAUACCAUUCGCAUGGACACUUCCUUGCUGUCAGAGAGACUUAAGGUGCAGAACGAAGAGGAGAUUGACCUGGGAUCUAGCGAUGACGAUCUUGAGACAGCAGUCCCCCAAAAAACGCUUGAAUUGCGUCAAGAUGCCAAGGUUCAGAACAACGAGGAGAUCAGUCUGGAGUCGAGUAAUGAGAGCAUGUCAUCUGCACCUCGGAAGACUCCUCAGGGUGUCUCCACGUUGGCCCAUGCUGAUCUGAACAUGGAGCCUGUGGGUUUGUCUGAGAUUACUGAUGGUACCACCGAGUCUCGAUCCGAAGUGGAUCAGACCUUACGGAACAGUCUCCCAGCUAGUCUUUCUCGUCCAAUCGCUUCCUCACCUCGAGAAGUCAAAAUGACUCACCCGCCGGCGAUUCAGAAUAGGUUCACUCGAUUCUUGGCCCUUGAUAAACCCAAUAACCGCGAUCCGUAUCUCCAGCUCGUGGAGAUCCAUCCCAUCUCGGAUCAGGGCUCUUUACAGUAUGAAAGACCUUACCAUCUGCAGUACGAUAAGGAAUGGCUCGCAAUCACGCGUGUCUUUGCCGGUGAUAUCCGCAUUGGCGAACCCACAGUUCCCGUCCCUGCGAAUCUCGGGGAGGAAGAGUACCUCCGCAGAAUUCUGGAGCAGGAGCAAUGGGUUGAAGAGAACCUUGUGCAGAAGGGUCUCAUGGAUGUUCCUUGCAAUUUCGAACAAAGCGCCCCGAAAUACGAUCCUUCGGUCCCGAUAACCACUUCAGAUCAACCGCUAGAGUAUAGCAACAUCCAAACCACGAAGUUCACGGAAUUGCUCCAGAUUCCCAACCCCUUUAAGAUUUCGGAGGAAGAGGCCAUUGCCAGACAUGAUGCCGGCCCUCGUCCUGUGAACUAUCGUUCUUUCGGUGGUGAUCGUGGCCCUGGCCACUUCUACACAUGGAUAUUCAAAACCAAUCUAGUUCAGCCUUGA